AAAAAAAAUGGAAGGAUUCCAGAAGGGCAAAUAUGGAGCUAUGGCUAAAAAAAAGAGUAGAUCAAAAAAAAACUUGUUUGCAACACCACCGGCAUUGAGGAUUAUCCUAGAAAAAAAAACAGGCUGCGGGAAAAGUGCCACAGGAAACAGCAUCCUAAAAAAAAGCGUGUUUGAGUCCAAGCUGGGGGCCCAGUCAGUGACCAGGACAUGCCAGGCAAAAACAGGAACAUGGAAUGGGAGGAAAGUCUAAAAAAAAGACACGCCCUCCAUUUUUGAGUCAAAGGCUGAUACCCAAAAAAAAAACAAGAACAUUGGGGACUGCUACCUGCUCUCUGCCCCGAAAAAAAACGUGCUGCUUCUGGUGAUCCAGCUGGGGCGUUUCACUGAAAAAAAAACAAUGGCCAUCAGGAAGGUGAAGGAGGUCUUUGGGGCAAAAAAAAUGAGACAUGUGGUCAUCCUCUUCACCCACAAAGAGGACAAAAAAAACCAGGCCCUGGAUGACUAUGUAGCAAACACGGACAACCAAAAAAAAAAGGACCUGGUGCUGGAGUGCGAGAGGAGAUACUGUGCAAAAAAAAACCGGGGCUCUGGGAAAGAGCAGAGGCAGCAGCAGGCAAAAAAAAAGGCUGUGAUUGAGAGGCUGGGAAGGGAGCGAGAGGGCUAAAAAAAAAGCAACAACCUCUUCCUGGAUGCCCAGCUGCUCCAAAGAAAAAAAACUGGGACCUGCCAGGAAGACUGCAGGCAGUACCUGGCCAAGGUGAAAUGGCAGGUGGAGAAGCAGAGGCAAGAGCUGAGGGAGAAAAAAAAAAACUGGGCAUACAAGGCACUCCUCAGAGUCAAACACUUAAAAAAAAUGCAUUAUGAGAUUUUUGUUUUUCUUUUUUGGUGCAGCAAAAAAAAUUUAAUUAUUUUUCUGUUCAUCUUUCAUUAUAUUUAAAAAAAAAAACCCUGAAGCACUUCUAACGUAUCACCCCAUGGCGUCAUUGUUCUAAUAAUCACCAAUUCAGACUCGGAUCCUCAUGGUCUGUGGAAAAAAAAGCUUGCUGUCUGUGCAGCUCCCAUUUCCCCUUCUACCUAAAAAAAAUGGAGCUGUGUGCCUCCACUCCAAGGCUACCUGGCUGCUGUAAACACUAUCCCACUCUCUCUGCCAAUGACUGCUUCAG